UUUUCUUUUCUUUAUCUUUUCUCUCACUUUCUCUCUACUUUACUUUCUUUCUCUACUUUCUCUCUCUCUCUACUCUGCAUUUUCUUGCUUCUUCUUCUUCUUUUGAGUGAAACUCAAGCACCAUUUCACUAUCAUCAUCAUAAUCAAUCGUCAUUAGUACUAUCUCCUUUCACUACACUCAAAAAAAACCAGUCUUUUUCUUUUUUCAAUUUUCCCGAGAAAAUUUUCUGGGUCUCUCAAUUUUUUCAUUUCCCUCGAAUUAGUUCAUUUGAGUGUGUUUUUCUCAUUUGGGUUCCUUUUAAUUUCGAUGAUAUAGAGAAAUUUAUAAUCUUUUUCAAGCUAUGGAAUCAUUCAAGUACUGUAUGGAAAUUCAAUCGAACAACAACAACAACAACAACGAGCUGAAUUCAUCAUCAUCAGAGCAGAUUUCGGUUUCUGAUUGUCUUUUCAAACCAAAUUGGGAGCAACAAUCAUUGGAUCAGAACGACCCAUUUGAAUCAGCUUUAAGUUCAAUUGUUUCUUCACCUGUUGCUCCUUCAAACCCUAACCCUAAUGGAGGUGGUGAUGGAAUUAUGAUCAGAGAAUUGAUCGGUAGAUUGGGUAAUAUCUGUAACUCUGGUGAGAUUUCUCCUCAAUCUUAUAUGUGUAGUAAUAACAACAGUAGGAACAAUUCAUGCUAUGCUACUCCAUUGAAUUCACCACCAAAGCUCAAUUUAUCAUCAUCAGUAGAUCCCAAUCCAAUCAGACCUAAUUUCCAUAUCCCUAAUCCACCAAGUUUAGCUCCCUUUUCUGGUGACCCUGGUUUUGCAGCUAGAGCUGCUAAAUUCUCUUGCUUUGGAAAUAAUAGUAAUAAUUUUGGUGAAUUGCCUUUUAGAUCAGUCCCUAGAAUUGAUCCCAUUAAACCACCUUCAAAGGCUUCACCUUUAACCAAUCAACCUCAUCAAGGAUCUUCAAGGUCUUCAACCCCUGAAAAUGGUGAUUCAAGGGAAGGAUCUUCUGUUUCUGAUCAGAUCCCAACUGGGAAAGCUACUGAGAUUAUUGAGCCCAAUAAUAAUAAUGGUAAUAAGAAAAGGAAAGCCAUUUCAAGAGGAAAAUCCAAAGAAAUUCAAGUUAAAGAUUCUAAGGUUGUUGAAGCAAUUGAGAAUGAUGAACAACAUAAUGUGAAAAGAAGUAAAAAAGAUAAUCAUAAUGAUAAUGAAGGAGUUGCUAAAGGGUCAAAAGAUUUGAAUCAGAAACAAACAAAGGAUAAUAAUAAUAAUAAUAAUUCAAAACCACCAGAGCCACCAAAGGAUUAUAUCCAUGUUAGAGCAAGAAGAGGACAAGCUACUGAUAGCCAUAGUCUUGCUGAAAGAGUUAGACGAGAGAAAAUCAGUGAAAGGAUGAAGUUUCUUCAGGAUCUGGUUCCUGGUUGCAACAAGGUAACUGGUAAAGCAGUUAUGCUAGAUGAGAUUAUAAAUUAUGUUCAAUCAUUACAACGACAAGUUGAGUUUCUUUCAAUGAAAUUAGCAACUGUUAAUCCGAGGAUGGAUUUCAACAUGGAAGCUCUUCUAUCAAAAGAGAUUUUUCAGUCUCGUGGGUCAUUGCCACAUGGCCUUUAUCCAUUAGAUUCAUCAACAACAGCAUUCCCAUUUGGAUAUAAUCACCAACAAAUAAUGCCACCACAAUCUUCUUCUUUAGAGGCUCAAUUCUCAAUAAACCCUUUAAAUGGUUCAAUUCAUAGAGCUUCAACAAACAUGCAAAUACCUUCUGGAUUUGCUGAACAUGCCCAACAACAACAACCACAGACUUCUACUUUUUUUGAGGAUGAUCUUCAAAGUGUGGUUCAAAUGGGUUUUGGUCAGAUUGAACAGCACAGUCUUCAAGGUAUAAAAAUAAAAUACAUAUACACCCAAGAAAUAAAAAACUCAACUUUAUUAAUUUUCUUCAAAUUUGUCUAAUCUUUACAUUUUUGUUUUUGCAGGCUCAUUGACUCAAGCUCAAAUGAAAAUUGAGCUAUAGUAAUAUAAAAAAAUAAUGAUUAAGAUUAUUUUGGAUUAACUUUCUCUCUCUCUCUCUUGGAUUUUCUCAUUUGAGGCCUCCCAAAGCCAAAGCCACAGGAGAGAAAGGCCCUCUCUGUGUAUAUAACAGAGCUAAGUCCCCAGUUUGAGUGAGAAGAAGAAGAAGAAGAAGAAGAAGAAGAAGAAAGAAUCACUUGAGCUAGGUUCCAUCCAUUAUUGGUUUUUAUUAUCAUUAUUAUUAUUAUUAUUCUCAAUUCUUUGGUGGAUUCUUUUCAAGAAAAUCCUCAUUAAAAAAAAACCUUAGAGAAUUUACUAAUUUGCUUCAACAACAACAACAACAACAAAAAGGGGUCCAGCAAAAAUGUCCAAUUUCUGUAAAGACUCAAACAAAGAAAAGAACUUUACCAAUGUAAACUUUUCUUUUUUGUGUAUGAACUUACUAUUUUUAAUACUAUGAUCAUGAUCAACUGAUUCAUUGAGAGAUUUCA